CUCCUGAGGGGGGCUCCGCUCGAGCUGUCAGUCUCCGCCACUUGACGUGGCACAGGGCGCCGCCAUAUUGGUGACGUCGUGAGGUGCGCUGGUGCAGCAGAGCCGGGGCUCGUAUAGCGGGAGAGGAGUGCGGGAACGGUGCUGUAUGAACGCUUCACCAUGGCGACCUUCUUGGAAUUUAUUCAGCAGAAUGAAGACAGGGAUGGAGUCCGCUUUAGUUGGAAUGUGUGGCCAUCAAGUCGCUUAGAGGCUACCCGAAUGGUUGUACCAGUAGCCUCCCUCUUCACCCCACUAAAAGAGAGGCCGGAUCUACCCCCGAUACAGUACGAACCCGUCUUAUGCAGUAGAACCACGUGCCGGGCCGUACUUAAUCCUCUCUGUCAAGUAGAUUAUCGGGCAAAGCUCUGGGCCUGCAAUUUCUGUUACCAGCGAAAUCAGUUUCCACCAACAUAUGCUGGCAUCUCUGAUAUGAACCAACCAGCAGAACUCCUUCCGCAGUUCUCCAGCAUCGAAUAUGUGGUUCAGCGGGGUCCUCAGAUGCCAUUAAUCUUUCUUUAUGUUGUGGAUACGUGUAUGGAUGAUGAAGACCUUCAGGCUCUGAAGGAGUCAAUGCAGAUGUCACUAAGCCUGCUGCCUCCUACUGCCCUGGUGGGGCUCAUCACCUUUGGCCGAAUAGUGCAUGUCCAUGAAUUAGGGUGUGAGGGCAUUUCCAAGAGCUAUGUCUUCCGUGGAACAAAGGACGUUACUGCUAAACAGUUACAGGAAAUGUUGGCGCUUACGAAAGCUCCUGCUGCACAGCAAGGACGUGGACCUCAAGUUCAACAACCUCCUCCCUCUAAUAGGUUUUUGCAGCCAAUACAGAAAAUCGACAUGAACCUUACAGACCUGCUAGGGGAGCUGCAACGAGAUCCUUGGCCGGUAACACAAGGAAAGAGACCACUAAGAUCAUCAGGGGUUGCCCUCUCUAUUGCAGUUGGGCUUCUUGAGUGUACAUUUCCGAACACCGGAGCUAGAAUUAUGAUGUUCAUUGGAGGACCAGCCUCUCAAGGACCAGGAAUGGUAGUUGGGGAUGAGCUUAAGACUCCCAUUCGUUCCUGGCAUGAUAUUGAAAAAGAUAAUGCAAAACACGUAAAGAAAGCUACAAAGCAUUUUGAAGCUCUGGCAAACCGGGCAGCUGCUUCUGGUCAUGUGAUUGACAUCUAUGCUUGUGCACUGGAUCAGAGCGGACUUUUGGAAAUGAAAUGUUGUCCAAACUAUACUGGGGGAUUCAUGGUAAUGGGAGACUCUUUUAACACUUCUCUCUUCAAACAAACAUUUCAGAGGGUUUUUAUUAAGGAUACACAGGGAAACUUCAAGUUGGGGUUUGGUGGUACUCUGGAAAUCAAGACUUCAAGAGAAAUCAAGAUUUCCGGUGCAAUUGGACCGUGUGUAUCUCUGAAUGCCAAAGGACCCUGUGUUUCUGAAAAUGAAGUUGGUACAGGUGGAACAUGCCAGUGGAAAAUAUGUGGCCUUACUCCUACCACAACCCUUGCCGUGUUCUUUGAAGUUGUCAAUCAGCACAACGCACCAAUUCCACAAGGGGGACGAGGAGCCAUUCAGUUUGUGACACAGUAUCAGCACUCGAGCGGACAACGGAGAAUUCGUGUAACCACUGUCGCGAGAAACUGGGCCGAUGCUCAGACUCAGAUCCAAAACAUUGCCGCUUCCUUCGAUCAAGAAGCUGCUGCUAUCCUAAUGGCAAGAUUGGCUGUGUAUAGAGCGGAGACUGAAGAAGGUCCGGAUGUCUUGAGGUGGCUGGACCGCCAGCUUAUUCGUUUGUGCCAAAAGUUUGGAGAGUAUCACAAGGAUGAUCCUAAUUCCUUUCGGUUUUCAGAAACAUUUUCUCUUUACCCCCAGUUCAUGUUCCAUUUGAGAAGAUCACCGUUUCUGCAAGUGUUUAACAACAGUCCUGAUGAAAGUUCCUACUAUAGACAUCACUUUAUGCGCCAGGAUCUUACUCAGUCCCUUAUAAUGGUGCAGCCCAUCCUGUAUUCCUACUCCUUUAGCGGUCCUCCAGAGCCCGUAUUGCUAGAUAGCAGUAGUAUUCUCCCAGACAGGAUCCUUCUGAUGGACACAUUUUUCCAGAUUCUUAUUUAUCACGGCGAGACUAUCGCACAGUGGCGAAAAGCAGGCUACCAGGACAUGCCUGAAUAUGAGAACUUCCGGCAUCUUCUGCAGGCCCCUGUAGAUGAUGGACAGGAGAUCCUGCACUCUCGUUUCCCAAUGCCCCGUUACGUAGACACCGAACACGGAGGGAGCCAGGCUCGCUUUCUGCUAUCAAAAGUGAAUCCUUCUCAGACUCAUAACAACAUGUAUGGCUGGGUCCAGGAAACUGGAUCUCCCAUUCUCACGGAUGAUGUCAGCUUGCAAGUUUUUAUGGACCACCUUAAGAAAUUAGCUGUUUCCAGUGCAGCCUAGAUGCGUCCAUGGACAUUAUGCAUCUGGAAGCCAUCUUUACUUGGAUUCUCCCGUCCUAGUUUGGACACUGACUUUUCUUCUAUCUUGCGUUUUCUUGGUUGUAAUUUAUGCACAUGCUGCCUAUUCUUUAUAAGUUGCACCUGGUUAUUAGUUUGCAGUAUUUAAACAAGUACGGACAAGGAUAUACAUGAACAUAUAUGUCAAUAAGAGAAGCCAUAGGAGCAAAUAAAACAGUUUUUAUCUAAGUUUUGAUAAAUCUACUACAAAGGGCAGUGUUUCCCAAACAGAGCGUCUACAGCUCUUGAAAAACUACAGUUCCCAGCAUGCCUGGACUGCCAUUGGCGCAAGUCCCGUGUUUCAGGCCCACGUGAUUUUAGGCUCCAGCGUGGAGGGACGCAGGCCACACUGAGCAAUGCAGUUGCCAAAACAGCCGUUUCGCGCUCAGCAAAGUUCUGUGCACAAGCUGUCUUUUAAUGAACAGGACUCAUGCACGGAACUUUGCUGAGUGAAUUGUACCGCCCAAUGUUGCCUGCGUAUCUCCCCACGCAUGAGCUGAAGACCACAAGGGCCUGAAACCUGGGACUUGUGCUUCAAAAAGAAACCUAUUAGGAGUUUGUGCUUCAGGCAGCAUGAAACGGAGACAGACUCCUUUAUUACAACAAACUAUUAUUUUUACCCUGAAGUGCUGUAGGGUUUCAGUGAAACUGGCCGGGAUCAGGGAGUCAUUGUAGUUUCUUCAGCCACUUCUCCCGCACCGCCGGCCUUGAUUGACAAGUCGCUUCCCGUUUGUGAAUGGGGAGAGAUAUGUUAAUCAAGCGCAGCACGGCAAGUAAAGAUGGCCUGGGUAAUCCCAGAUGACUUAAAUUCCUAUUCCCCGACAGUCUUCUCUAAAUCGUUUCAGGUUUCACAGUAAGGCUAUGUUCACAUGGCGGAAAUUUUGUUAUUCCGCUCAAAUUGUGUUCUGCAAAGCUUGCUGCGUAAUUUUUGCAGAAUUUGAGUGGAAUUUCAGCAAAAAUUUCUGUGUUCUCAAAACACAGAAUUCUGCCGAAAUUCAAAGGCCCAUUGAGUUCAAUGGGAUUCUGCCCGCAAUUCUGCAAAAUUUCAUGUUUCAAAGACAUGUUCAAUGUUUUUGCAGAACCCAGAAACCAGACUUUCCGCGGCGGAAGUCAAUUGAAGUCAAUUUGGGUUUGUUUACUCCUCUAAAUACAGAUAUCAUGCGAAUUUCGUGUGGAAUUUGCACAAAAUUCAACUUGAGUAAUGUAUUUAAAUCACUUUUUUAUUCAUGAACAUAGUAUUAUGUUACUCAUACAUGUGGAAACAUACGGGAUUCCAGAGCCACUAUAUUUGGCUGGAAUUCUGCAUCUUUCUGUGGAAUUACUGGCGUGUGAAAAUGGCCUCAGGGCUCUUUCACAUGAGCGGAUUUAUUUUCAAACCCGCAGCGGAUCUCCCAACUGUGAGUUUGAAAAGGGUCGGGGCCUUCGU